CUUCGGAGGCGGGGCCCGGCGGGCGGGGCCACGGAGCUGGAAAAGCGGGCGCUGGGUUUAGACCUGGAGUGGCUCCCGUGGUUCGGGCUGCGCAGGCUGUGGGUGUCUGACCCCGAUCGCAGUCGGCGUUGAGGGGGCGUGCCUCUGGAUCGAGCUAUGGUGGAAGAUGUUUCGGAAAGGGAAAAAGCGACACAGCAGUAGCAGCUCCCAGAGUAGUGAAAUCAGUACUAAGAGCAAGUCUGUAGACUCCAGCCUUGGGGGGCUUUCUCGAUCCAGCACCGUGGCGAGCCUUGAUACCGAUUCCACCAAGAGCUCAGGACAAAGCAACAGUAAUUCAGAUACCUGUGCAGAAUUUCGAAUAAAAUAUGUUGGUGCCAUUGAGAAACUGAAACUCUCCGAGGGAAAAAGUCUCGAAGGGCCACUAGACCUGAUAAAUUAUAUAGAUGUCGCCCAGCAAGAUGGAAAGUUGCCUUUCGUUCCUCUGGAGGAAGAAUUUAUUAUGGGAGUUUCCAAGUAUGGUAUAAAAGUAUCCACAUCAGAUCAGUAUGAUGUUUUGCAUCGGCACGCUCUAUAUUUAAUCAUCCGGAUGGUGUGUUAUGAUGAUGGUCUGGGGGCAGGAAAAAGCUUAUUGGCUCUGAAGACCACAGAUGCGAGCAACGAAGAAUACAACCUGUGGGUUUACCAGUGCCACAGCCUGGAACAAGCACAAGCAAUCUGCAAAGUUUUAUCCACUGCAUUUGACUCUGUAUUGACAUCUGAGAAACCAUGAAUUCUGCAAUCAAGGGGAAGUAGACUUCAUGUGCAAGUUCAGCUGUUUGUUUUCUCAAUAGUUCUGUUUUCAAUCUGCGGUGUUGUUGAACUAUUUUGGAAAUAUGAGCGAUCCUUUGCUCUAGAUUUUCUGAAGAAACGCAAUAUAUAAAAUAUCAGUCGUUUGUUUUUCUAUUAAAAUGUGUCUUAUUUAACAGUGA